GUUGUCUUCCUGACAGAGGAGAGUUCACUCCCUGUGGACGACAAGACUGCUUGGUCUUACGUCAGCUUACCAUAAUAUCACACAACACAAAGCUUUUUUUAAUUGUAUUGUAGUGGAGGACCAUGGAGGUCGACUCAGUCUUUUACACUGAUCGAAGUGGAAGAGUCACCAGUAACCCACUGUUGGACCAGCUGCCCAGCUACCAGUCUCUGCUGUACCGCAGGAAGUCGUCGACUGCUGGCUCCAAACGAAGAGGCAGCACUAGAACGCGACUCAGCUCCUCUGGCAGUGGGAAAUGGGGCAUCAGCACAUUCAGCAGACGUGGGGAGAAACAAAAGAGUCAGACAGAGCAGAGACCCAUCAGGGAGCUACCGAAGACCAUGGCUGAGAAACGCAGAGACAACACACAGCGCUUGGAGGAGGCCAAAGAGCUAAGCAGCUGGAGCCAUUUGAGGCGAAGCACCCGCAGACAUCUGAGGAGGCUGAAGGAUGAUGCAGAAGAAUGGCUUAACUCCCUGAAGCUCUGGAGGGGAGACAUUCACCUUAUAGAGGGGAUGUUUGGCACAGGGAUCCUGUCUUACUUCUCCUUCCUGCGCUUCCUGGUGAUGCUCAACUUGAUCAUCUUUCUGCUCAUGUUCAGCUUCGUCAUGCUUCCCAUCAUCAUUGCACCCAGUGCUUCAGGAAAUAUCACCUACAACAUGCAUGAUGGAAGUGUGUGCAGUGUCUAUCCAAGCAGUGCCCGUCGCGGCCUGGUCAUCUUUCAUGAGCACAUCACAGAUCUGUUGUCUGGUGGAGGCUUUCUGGAGCAGACCUAUCUUUUCUACGGUUACUACAAGGCAGACAAAAUCCACUUUCCAAAUACUACAUACAAUUUACCCCUGGCCUACCUUCUGGUCACUAUAGCCUACCUGUUUCUCAGUCUCAUCUGGAUUGUUAAAAGGUCUGCUACAGGAUUCAAACGUAACCUGGUUCAGGAUGAAGAUCGGUUCCAGAGCUUUUGCAACAAGAUUUUUGCAGGCUGGGACUUCUGCAUCACAAAUGAGAAUGCUGCAAGGCUGAAGCGAAGCAGUUUACUCUAUGAGCUCAAGACGGAUUUGGAGGAAGAGAGGAUCAAGCAGAAAAUAGCAGAUCGCACCCGCAAAGAGAAGUGCCGGAUUUAUCUCAUCCGCCUCAUCCUCAACCUUUUUGUUAUCGGUGUUCUGGCUGGUUGUUUUUACAGCAUUUAUGUGGCCACCAUUUUCUCGCAAGAGGCACAGAUGAAUAAGAUAAAGGAGAAUUUCAUCGUGGAUCUGAUCUAUGAGUAUCUCCCCUCUAUUGUUAUCACCAUGGCCAACUUCAUUACUCCACUCCUGUUCUCCGUCAUCAUAAAUUAUGAGGACUACUCCCCUGCAUUUGAGAUCCGCUUCACUCUCAUUCGGUGUGUUUUCAUGCGGCUAACCAGUAUUGGGGUUUUGCUUUUCUCUCUCUGGUCUCAGAUCACUAAAUGUGAUGAAGAUCACUGCAUCUGUGGAUAUAACCAUGUUCUCUACUCAUGUUGGGAGACCCGUGUGGGGCAGGAGAUGUACAAACUGACGAUCUUUGACCUCAUCAUUAUUGUUGCAGUGACCAUCUUUGUGGAGUUUCCCAGAAAGCUAAUAGUGAAGCACUGUGAGUGUGGCUUGACUAAGUGGUGGGGCCAGCAGGAGUUUGGUAUUCCUCAGAACGUGUUGGAGAUUGUUUACGGUCAGACCAUCUGCUGGAUCGGCACAUUCUACAGCCCCAUGCUGCCUGCUAUCUGCACUAUUAAAUACUUCUUUAUCUUCUAUAUCAAAAAGGUCUCUUUGAUCAACAACUGCCGUCCAGCCACACGCCCAUUCCGAGCGUCCAGCUCCAACUUCUUCUUUCUGGGUGUGCUGCUGAUAGGCCUGGCUCUGGCCUGUCUGCCUGUCACUGUCAGUGUUGCACAAAUAAGCUGCUCCCAGGCCUGUGGGCCAUUUGUCAAUUACAACACCUCAUGGGAGGUUCUUCCAACAACAGUCUCACAGCUACCUGAUGGAGCCAGAACGCUCCUCUUUGCUCUCUCCUCAGAGGCCUUCGCUGUCUCUUUCUUUGUUGUUACAUGUUUGGCUAUGUUUUAUGUGAUUGCAUUGGCUGGAGCUCACAAGAGAGUUAUUAACCAACUAAGGGAGCAGCUAGUCAUGGAGGGACGGGACAAGCGUUUCCUGAUCCAAAAGUUGUGUCAGGCUCAGAGAGUCUCAGCUGUCAGAUCCCCAGUGUCUAAAUCUCAGCCUCGUAGCAGCAGCAGAAGCAGCCCCAGCUACGAAACCAGCUUUUCCAACAACUUCAAUGAAAGUGUGUUCCUUGCACACCCGCCUCCUGAUUCCUCCACUCAUCAGCUCAGCUGGUACGGAACUGGAGGCAGCGUGCUGUUGCUCGGCUCAACCACAGAUCAGACAUCUGCCAAAAUGUUGAGAAUUACGAUCCGAGCCGACAUGGGAGCCCUUUGGGUGUUAUUCUGUAUCACCUAUUCUCAGUUCUUGACCGUGUCUUCUGAUGACAUAGUGGUGGCAUGCGGAGGAUUUGUGAAAUCCGACGUUGAAAUCAAUUACUCCCUGAUCGAGAUUAAAUUGUACACCAAACAAGGCUCCUUGAAAUAUCAAACGGAUUGUGCUCCAAUCAAUGGAUACUUUAUGAUCCCUUUAUAUGAUAAGGGAGACUUUGUUUUAAAGAUUGAGCCUCCUCUUGGAUGGAGCUUUGAGCCAACCAGUGUUGACCUUCAUGUGGAUGGAGUGAGUGACAUCUGCACUAAAGAAGAAGACAUCAACUUUGUCUUCACUGGCUUUUCAGUCUCAGGAACGGUUCUGAGUAAAGGCCAUCUUCUUGGUCCAGCUGGAGUAGAAGUCAGACUGAGCCGAGUGGGAACAGAGGAGAAACUCCAGAGUGUUGUCACACAACCUGGAGGAAAGUAUACCUUUUUGAAAGUACUCCCUGGAAAUUAUGACAUCACUGCAGCCCAUCCCUCCUGGACUCUGGAUCAGAGCAUCACCUCAGUACAUGUUUCUAACGCCAAUGCCCCGGCCGCUGACCAUCUGGUAGUUGGAGGCUAUGAUGUCUCUGGGGAGGUCCGCAGUGAUGGGGAGCCCAUGAAAGAGGUCACCUUCCUGUUGUACUCGGCUACAGUUAAAAGAGAGGACGUCAGCGGCUGUAACCUGUCCCCGGUAGAGGGAGCUGAUUCUGGUGACAGCUCUCUUGUAUACCUUUGUAGUGCUCUCUCAAGGGAAGAUGGAACCUUCAUCUUCCCCUCACUAGCCAGUGGCGAAUACACAGUGGUGCCUUUCUACAGAGGAGAAAGGAUCACAUUUGAUGUUGCUCCCUCAAGGAUGAACUUCAAGGUGGAACACAACAGUUUGAAACUAGAGCCCAUCUUUCGAGUCAUGGGCUUCUCUGUGAUGGGCCGAGUUCUCAACAGUGUUGGUGGGGAAGGCGUCCCUGAUGCCACAGUGUCUCUCAACAACCAGAUUAAAGUUGUCAGCAAGGAGGAUGGUUCUUUUCGGUUGGAGAACAUGACAGCUGGAACAUAUACCAUCCGUGUCAACAAGGACCUCAUGUUCUUUGAGACAAUCACAGUGAAGAUCGCUCCCAACACGCCCCAGCUUCCUGACAUCAUCACAGCAGGGUUCAGUGUGUGUGGCCAGAUCUCCAUCAGCCGCCUGCCUGAGGGUAUGAAGCAGCAGGGCCGCUACAAGGUCACUCUUACACACAGGGACCAAGACAAGACCUCCAGCAAGACCAUUGACUCAGACCCUCAGGGGGUCUUCUGCUUUCAAGCCAAACCUGGAGACUACAAUGUCCAUGUGCUGCUCCCUGAUAUGGAGGUGAAAGCAGGCCUUGCUCUGCAGCCUCAGGCCUUGGAGGUCUCCCUUGUGGACCGGCCCCUUACAGAUCUACUUUUUACCCAGUUUAUGGCUUCUGUGUCUGGAAAAGUCUACUGUUUAGCAUCUUGUGAUGACCUAUCAGUGACCUUGCAGCCGGUGAGUCGGCAGGGGGAAAGGAGGUCAGUGGCUUUGUCUGGCAGCAGUGACACCCUCAGCUUCUCCUUCGAUGAUGUUUUACCUGGGAAAUACAAAGUGAGUAUUUCUCAUGAGGAGUGGUGCUGGAAACAUAAAUCCAUGGAAGUGGAGGUUCUGGACUCUGAUGUCUUGGGGGUGGAGUUCAGACAGAUUGGCUACAUCCUACGCUGCUCUCUCUCCCAUGCCAUUACUUUGGAGUUUUUCCAAGAUGGCAGCAAACCUGAGAAUGUCGGCGUGUACAACCUCUCCAAGGGAGUCAACCGCUUUUGCCUCUCCAAGCCUGGUGUUUACAAAGUCACCCCUCGCUCCUGCCACCAAUUUGAGCAGGACUUCUAUACCUAUGACACAUCAGCCCCCAGUAUCCUCACACUGACUGCAGUGCGCCAUCACAUGACAGGACUCAUCACCACGGAUAAGAUCCUGGACGUCACAGUUACCAUCAAAUCAUCUAUAGAGAGCGAGCCAGCGCUAGUGCUCGGUCCCCUGCGGAGCCUUGAGGAGCAGAGGCAGGAGCAGCAGCUGAUAGAAAUUGAGCUGCGCCGUCAGGAACGGGAGCGACGUGCUGCUGAAGAGGAAGGAGGUGUCAGGGAUGACAGCCCUCCUAUCCAAGAGAAGGCUGACGAACUGACAGGACCCUUCCACUACGAGUUCUCCUACUGGGCCAGGGCUGGAGAGAAGAUCACAGUGACCCCCUCUUCUAAAGAACUGCUGUUCUACCCUCCUGAAGUGGAGGCCACUAUCACUGGGGAGUCAUGUCCAGGUCGGCUGGUGGACAUCGCUGGACGUGCAGGUCUUUUUCUGGAGGGAAAGGUAUCACCAGAGCUUCAGGGGGUGGAAAUUUCCAUCAGUGAGAAAGGAGGUGCUGCACCGCUCAUUACAGUAGCCACUAAUGAGAUGGGAGCGUACAGUGUGGGUCCGCUCCACAGUGACCGUCAGUAUGACAUCAGUGCCAGUAAAGAAGGUUUCGUUUUGAGCCCUGUCGAAGGAACGCAGGGAGAUUUCAAAGCAUUCGCUCUGGCAGGAGUCACCUUCAUGAUCAAAUCUGAGGAUGGUCAUCCACUGUCAGGUGUCCUCUUGUCCCUGAGUGGAGGACAGUUUCGCUCCAAUUUGCUGACCCAGGACACUGGCAUACUCACCUUUAAUAAUCUGAGUCCUGGUCAAUACUACUUUAAGCCCAUGAUGAAGGAGUUUCGCUUCGAGCCAGCGUCUCAAAUGAUCACUGUAGAGGAGGGUCAAAACCUCAGCAUCGAUAUAACUGGCAUUAAGACUGCUUAUAGCUGCUAUGGAGCGGUGCAAAGCCUGAGUGGUGAUGCAGAGAGGGAUGUGGCAGUGGAGGCUGUGGGACAGGGGGAGUGUAGCCUCUACAGCGAGGACACUGUCACUGAUGAGGAUGGUCGCUUCAGACUCAGGGGUCUGCUACCUGGUUGCAAAUAUCUGAUUCAGCUGCGAGCCGAAGGCAAUGAUCACAUAGAACGGGCCUUACCACAACACAGAGCUAUAGAGGUCGGCAGCAGCGACAUCGAAGGAGUCAACAUCAUUGCCUUCAGGCAAAUCAAUCAGUUUGACCUCAGUGGAAACGUCCAUACAUCCCCUGAACAUCUCCCAACACUAUCAGUAAAGCUUUAUAAGAGCGAUAAUCUGGACAACCCAAUAAACAGCGUCUCCCUGGGACAGUCCCUUUUCUUCCACUUCCCUCCUCUGGACAGAGAUGGAGAGAGCUAUGUGCUGAUGCUGUACUCCACGCUGUCCCGCUCCCAGUAUGACUUCACUCUGCCUCAGGUUUCCUUCACCUCCAGUGGAUACCACAAGCAUGUCACUCUCACCUUCAACCCCACUCGUAAAGUGCCUGACCAGGAUGUUGCCCAGGGCUCCUACAUUGCUCUGCCCCUUACUCUGCUGCUCCUGUUAGCAGCAUACAACCAUGAGAAGGUGAUCCCUCUCCUGUUACAACUUGUGAAUCGUAUCCAGGGAGUGCGGAGCAUGGCCCAGGCCAGCGGGGACAGUGCUGCUCUGGAUGAAGCCAAACGACAGGCCAAGAGACAGAAGGCGAGGCGUACAUGAGGGAACAUUAGCAGCUCACCUCAGACCAGAUCUAAUUACACUAAAUAGAACAACUGUCACCGAAGGUCACAGCCUCUGUUACUGCAGGUUUGCUUACGCUGAACUAUUUAGCUCACUGAGAUGUGAUUUGGGCUGAAGUUAUGCCAACAUUAACCACUCAACUUCGAAUACCACAACCUUAUAGCCAGUCACAUCACCAGACUGACAGCCUACAUUUUGAAGGAUCUUUUGUCAUAUUCUUUUUUUUCCUUUAUCUUUUUUUUUUUUUUUUUACAAAAAACUUAUUGACAACGAAAACUGUUGUUUGUGAUAGAAAUGAGCCAUUUUUAUACAUUUGUAAUUUAACUAGGUCAACUAAAGUAAUUUUGCUUGGAUUUUAAACGCACUUAGAUGCUUUUGAGGAUAGUCUUACAUGGUUUAGGAAUAUCAGGCACUUGGAAAAAUCAAGUGUGUCAACUACCAGCAUAAUGGUCGAUUACACAAGUAACAAAAGAGAUUUCCUUCACAAAGUAACCCCAAAAUGAGAUAAUGUAAAUAAAAAACAAUCCUAAUGUAGGUAUACUAAAUAAAAAAAUACACCUUUGUGUGAAUAAGCGAUGGUCAAAUAGACAUGUAGUUAAGAGGUCCCUCAUGAGAUAUUCAAGUUUAUAAAUGCCCAAAUUUAUUGUGCUUAUGUAUUAUCACUAUUGAGGUUUCACAAAGACACUGAUGAACUACAGUAUUUUUGAUAUCUUGAGUACAUAUUGAGGGCAAUUAUGUGAGAGAAUUUCAAUGUUAAACCCACACACAGCAGACUGUGCUUUUUACUAUAAAUUAGAACUCAAAUUGUCACAAAACAUUCAAACUUUCAGGGUUUUUGUGUAAUAUCAUAAACAAUGCACAUAUUUUAUUAAGAUUCCCUGAACCGCAAAUCAUCUCUCAAUAUCCCCCAACACCUUACCUUUCUUUGAUCAAAUAUUUAAAUCAGCCCACAACUAAACAGACUCAAUUACAUGAAUUCAUUCUUUUUUCCAGCUUCCUGAUGAAAAACAGCCAAAGAUGAUGACAAGCUAAUAAAUGCUUACUUCCAUUGUCAGCCAUGUCGUUCACUUAAAUGUAAAACACCCACGAGUCACUGUAAUGCACUCCACUUCUGAUGGUGUUGUAUAAGCUGUUAAAUAUGACGCAAGAUUGACUUGAUGUCAGCUUCUCAUUUAGCUCAGGAAAGCGCUGCGUGAGUGGGUGUAAAAAUGUGGGUUUAAUACUGUGAGAGUUUGAUUUCUGUUUAGCGCUAACAGAUGGGUGGGGUGGGGGACAGAGGACACCUGAUAGUUUGUUAAUUUAUUAACAUGUUUAAUGAGUUGUGAAUGAUAACGUAGUUUGUAUGCUUGAACAUAACUUUCAUAAGUGUGGUUGCCUUUGGAAAGAUUCUGUUGAAUGAAGCCAGUAGCAAAGUUUUUGAGACCAACAGUAAAUUUAUGAAAAGAAAUACGAACUUCAACAGAAAAUCCAAACUUAUAAGAUAAACUUUCUAAAAGAUAAAUCAGAAUUGUAAUAUUCUUGGGCUCAUUGUCCCAUUGCUAAACUGUGUGAUGCACUGAAAAUUUUGGAGCCCAAUUAUUUCCAUUUUCUGCGAUUAAUUAAUCUGCUCAACUGUGGCUGACUUUUGGCUCAAAGAUGAAAAGGCCACUGUCUAUUUACUGAGCUGAAAGAUAUUCCAAUUAGAACACAUCUAGAAAGAGUUGAUUAGUUUUUGG